GUCGGGUACGCACGGGCUGCAACUGGCUGCAACCGCUGCAAGCACUGCAAGUCGUUCACGCCAGGCCGUGUUUGCUCUCCCCAAGGUCGUCGAGCCAGAAAAAUAUCGAGAAUCAUGCUCUGCAGAGACUGAAGGAGCAACGUGGAGUAAGAUCUCUCUCGCUGGGCUUGCCGCACCAGUCGUCGUAACGUGACGAGAAGGACGUUUCCUCCGUCGCGGACGGACUCGCCGCCGAGUGCACGGGACACGUGAGUUUUCCGAGGGGAAACUCGGCGCGACGGGCCUUCCCCGCGGGCCGCUUUCGCAAAACCGAAGCCCGACUCUCCCCAAGCCACUUUCUCGCGCGGCCCGAGCAGGUGAUCGGCCCCUUUCUUUGCAGCCCCGUUGACACACGCGAGAUCCGCAGGUCUUACAGAGUUCCGAUCGGAAACCGUCACGCCGACAUGGAUGUCAAGGAGAGAAAGAGCUCGGCCGAGAGUGCCACGAACGGAUACAAGAGAGAAGAUUUCAAGGAAGUGCAGAUACCGAUGCCGUGGGGCCACAUCAGAGGUAAAUGGUGGGGCCCUAGCGAGCUCCAACCGAUACUGGCACUACACGGGCGCCAGGAUAACGCAGGCAGUUUUGACAUGUUAAUGCCAUUGCUGUCCGAUGACGUUUCUGUUCUUUGCUUGGACAUGCCGGGGCACGGUCUGUCCUCUCACUAUCCCCAGAGUCAAUUCUAUUAUGUCUAUUGGGACGGUGUCAUAUUCCUUCGUAGAGUCAUUAGACAUUUCAAAUGGAAUAAGGUCAAGCUUCUUGGACACUCAUUGGGCGGUGCUAUAUCAUUUCUGUAUGCAGCAUCAUAUCCAGAUGAGGUCGACGCUAUUAUAAGUUUGGACAUCGCUAGUCCGUACGUAAGGGAUGUCAAGAAAAUGGCUCCGCUCACUGGCGAAUACAUUGAUAAAUUUUUGAAAUACGAAUUGUUAACAUUGGACAAUAUGCCAUGCUACGAACAUGACGAAAUGCUCGAUAUAGUUGAAAAUGCAUAUAACGGUUCUAUAACAAAAGAAGGAGCCGAAAUAUUAAUGAAACGUGGUAUGCAACCAUAUGAAAAGGACAAAUAUUAUUUUUCUCGUGACCCAAGACUAAAGGUCUCCUUUUUAGGUAUUUUGUCUCUAGAUUUAGUACUUGAAUACGCAUCUCAAAUAAAAUGCGCUUACCUCAACAUUCGCGCUGUUCCUGGAAUGAAAUUUGAACAACCAGAAAAUUAUAUGAAAGUAUUAGACAUCAUAAAACUAGGAGCUAGAAAAUUUGAGUAUCACGAGGUGAAAGGCACGCACCACGUACAUUUGAAUGAGCCUGAAAAACUUGCGCCUAUAAUUAAAAAUUUUCUACAGGAUUAAUAUUAAUAUCGUUUAUUAAUAAUUGCAGUUACUUAAGCUUUUGUGAAAAAUGGGUAAAUGAAAUUCUUUAGAAUGUAUAAAUUAACGGAAGAUUGUACUUAUGUUUGAUACAUGUAUGUUUGCACCCACGCUUGUGCAUUUUUAUUAAAUUUUGAACAAAUAGUCUCGUAAUUCACAAAUAACUUCCUUGAAAAUGUGUUAUUUUAUAAGUUAAAUAGUAAUCAAUUUAAGAGAAACAAUGAAGUUAUUAUUUUACUAUCAUAUGUGGAAGUAGGGUGCUUUAGUGUAACAAUCGGUACUGUGAUAAGCAAAAAUUAAGAGAUGCAUACAAAUGUCACAUAAAAUAUGAUCAUUGUAUGUUACAAAUUACAUUUAUGCCCGAUUUCUUCACAUCCAGUUAUGGUGCGGUUAAAGUUAACCAGGAGAUCAACUACCAGAUCCAUGCACAUGAUUGGCUAAUGCCCGAUUUCUUCACAUCCAGUUAUGUUACGGUUAAAGUUAAACGGGAGAUAACUACCAGAUCCAUGCACGUGAUUGGCCAAAACUUGAGAUUGGUUACCUCCUGAUAAUUUUAUCGGGAAGUGAAAAAAUCGGCCAUAAAACCUGAGAUUAACCUCCGGAUAAUUUUAUCGGGAAGUGAAAAAAUCGGCCAUUAGUCAAACAUUGUCUAGUGUCGCUUUUACGUAAUAGUAAAUAAAUUAUUAUUUAAUGUU